GUGUAAAUAACAUUUCUAAGUCAUUACACAAGACAAUUGGAAAUGCGAAGCUAAGAAAAUGGAAUAGGGUUUUCAUUUUGAUUUAACUUUAAAAGAUCGUGAACUUAUUUGAAACAAUUUAUUGCUGUUUGAUGAGGAUGUAAGAAAUCCAUGAACGCAAAGCUAUACUACAUAGAUAACGAAUUACACUAUCUGGAUGAAACAUUGGUUCUGGUCCACAACCCAGCCUUAACCUUGGUAAGUCAGGUUUUACGAAUGCUCUCAAUCGACGGGUUAUCUUACGUGUUGGUGGAUCGAGGCAGGGAAUUUUAGUCUGGUAGAGCGUACUCUAUGCACCACAACAAUCCCGUGAGAAAGCUUUCGUCGUCUCUCAGCUAGGAACAGUAUCGACAUCUACAACCAGCUUCAUCAAACGAUGUUUGCUUCAUCCUGGCAUGUUGUGAUACACACAAAUACUGAACAAGAAUGAAGUACAAUGUGUUCCGGUGUGUAAUUUGCAAUUACUUUUAUGUAUAGAGCCAAAACUCAAGAUGUGGACUUGUGUGUGUGCUCUGUAUGCAAUGUUUAUCUCAACUGGAGCUGAUAGCAUCACAUUCGAUCUCAUUCUAAAUAGCUUCUGGGACACGAAGAUGAAAUUUUCUCCUGAAUUUUCGACGUAUCAGGGCGAAUAUAAAUACAACGAUUGGACACAAUCACUGAAUUUAUCCGUCAUGGACGAGAAAUGGGAAGAAGCUGACCGGUUUCUAUCAAUGUUACCGUUAGUGGACGUUGAUACACUCAGCAAAGAAAAGCAACUGGAAUAUGUGAUUUUUAAAGACAUGCUUACUAACUACCAAAUAAAUAGUCAAUGGGGCUGGUUCACGCUGAGUCCUAUCAAUUUUCUAGAGGGUAUACAUUUGUACAGCCCGGUAGAGAAGGCAAAAAGCAACACACGAGGCGAUUUUGAAAAUUACAUUGUCAGAAUGUUCAACAUACCAAAGUUGGUUGAUGAAGUAAUUGCCAGAAUGGAUAAAGCAAUUAAUAUAAAUAGGCCAUACCACAAAGUUUCUGUUGAUGCAGUACCAGCUCAAAUCGAGGAAAUGCUCGUAGAUGUUACCGACAGUAAUUUCUAUAUCCCAUUCAACAAAUCACUAGACAACUCCGUCAUCCCUGAGAAAGACAGGCAGUCACUAAGGAAACGUGGGAAAGAGGGCAUUGCUGUGGUACUUGAUUCUUUUAGACGUCUAAAGCAAUAUCUGGAAAAUACCUACCUCCAAAAUACCCGGCCAGAACCAUCUAUACGGUCCCUAUGGAAUGGUGUCCGUUUUUAUCAAGCGUGUCUGAAGUGGCAUACAUCCCAAAACGUGUCCGCAACGUACGUCCACAGACUCGGAUUACAGGAGGUCGAUCGUAUAUACAGCAAUAUGCAACAGAUAUUGAAUCGGCUAUCUUUUAAUGGUACAGUUCGAGACUUUUUAGGAAGUAUUGGAAAGGACCCGAGAUUCAUCAUAGAUGACGCUGAUGAAAUCAUAGACAUUUACAAGGAUCUUGUAGACAACAGAAUCAAACCAGAGCUACAUAGAUAUUUUACCAACAUACCUAACGUGGAGAUGAUAGUAGAAAAAUCCAUAUAUGACGGUACAGGUGGUGCUUAUGCCUUAGCGACUGAUGUUAAUCCAGGGAAAUUUAUAAUUAACCUGUUUAGACCAAGGGAAAAUCCUACAUUUGACUACAUGGCAUUGAGUCUGCACGAAGCCUACCCAGGUCAUCAUAUGCAGCACAGCUUCUCAAUGAAAGCAGAUAUUCCUAAGUACAGAAGAUUCCCAGAAUACAGCUUCUAUGAGGUUCCAUAUUUCAUGCCAUUUCAUUCAGCCUAUGUUGAGGGCUGGGGACUGUAUUCAGAAUAUCUUGGAGAGGAGAUGGGGCUGUAUGCUGAUGAUUAUGAAUUAAUGGGACGGUAUAGUGCUGAGAUGUUGCGAGCAUGUCGACUGGUCGUAGACACUGGGAUACAUUACUAUAAUUGGAAGUUGGAGAAGGCUAAGGAAUACAUGCAUAACUACACGGCCUUCGGACCAGGAUUUAUUGAAAACGAAAUCAAACGCUAUGUCACGUGGCCUGGACAGGCAUGUUCAUAUAAGAUGGGAGAACUCAAAAUACUUGAAUUGCGAAAGAAAUCAGAAGAGGAGUUAGGAGCAUUAUUCGAUAUUAGGAAGUUCCAUUCCGUGAUUCUGGAAAAUGGACCCAUGCCAUUAUACAUUCUUGAAACAGUGGUGAAUGACUGGAUUGCGGAGACACAAAAAGCUCGUAACGGUGCUACAACAGUAAACACUGAGCCAUACCUAUCAACGCUGCUUGUUUUCCUUGGAGUAUUAGCAUGCUGUCUUUAGCAUCUCACUUAAAAUAGAAUUUUGUAAAAACGCAAGGUUUCUAUUAUGACACGUUUUGCUUUUGUUUUAUGAUGAACAAGUUAAAAAUGAAUUGUGAUGGCUUCAUGACUACACAGUGUCAUCAUCAUUAGCCACGUGACUAGCAAAUCUUGCAUUAGGGAGCAACGUGUAUGCCUUGGCAACACCCUCAUGUUGAGUGAGGGUCAAAGUGUAAAUCCAAUUUAUUUAUGUUUGAUGUUGGCUUCAUGCAGAUUUCUCGUGUUUGUGGAUCUUUGUGAACGUAAGGGUUUCAGCAUAUAAUUCUUUAACAUCUAUUCGCUGAUUUUUUUUAUUUUAAAUAGGAAUCAAGAUAAUAGAUAACCAUUGAAUAUAAAUGAUGAUAAUGUGAAUGUAUUGCUUUUUCGUACGAUUUUUACCAACCAUACAAACACUUAUAGAGCACCACUUACCUUAAUUGGUAUUGUCUGUGUUACUUAAAUUUUAUACGCUAUAGAUCACGUGUGACGUGUUAUGUAAAUACAUGAAACAUAUUCGUUGUAGCCUGAAUAUAUAUAUAUAUAUUCAUAUUGUGUCAUUAUCUGAAUUACGAUGAUUAAAUUCCAUGACAAGA